AUGGAUAAUUUGCAUUCAUCAGAUGUUCCAAAUGGAGAGAAAGAUUCAAAUGAAAAAGUUAUUCGUAAACGUCGGUCUUCUGUCUUUCAGAGUCGUGCGUCUACAUUUAACGAAUGUGAAGGUGUAUCAUUUGGAGAGACUGCAAAAGCUGUUGACGCUGUGAAAAAUACGUCCGAAGUAUUACAAGAGGAAAAUUUUAAUUUGAAAGAGUACAUAAUGUGCUUAAAAAAUGAAAGAGAGGAAUGGAUAGAUACAUUGAAACAAAGAAAAGCACAACGAAAGAAUCUUACGAAGGAAAAAUUGCAUUUUGAAAGUCAAGGACAACUUCUAGAUUUGAGUAUUUUGACAGACUGUGAAAAAGCCUUCAUUAGAAGCAAGCCUAAUUAUCAAUAUAUUUGUAGAAAUUAUAAAAAACUAUUAGACAUAACGGUGAAGUUAUCAGUGUUACAUAACAAAGUUUACAAAUUAAAUCAAAGGUUUAUUUCACAAAUGGAGGGAAAACUACAUAGGAUUACUGAAAAAGUUAUUGAAAUAUCAAGGUCGUGA